CACGGAUAUUUUGAACCCCAGCCUGUAAGGAAGUUUACACCAUUCUGUGUAUCUGACUUAAACCGGCUGCUAUGGAUAUCAUUAAUUGAUGUAUAUAUGUUUUGGUUUGCCCACCACUAGCUCUUUUCGAACCUGAUCCAUCCUAUAUCAGCUUACACUACCCGUCUAGAAAGGCGACGGUUGGGCAUGCGUAAUACCUGUUUGAACCAUCUCAAUUAAUGUAACUUCAAAAUCUCAAUUUCCAGUUGAUAGGUGCAUUUUCGUCCUUCCAAACCUUAUGUGAUGGCGAUAUGGGCCUCUUAUUUCUUCCUAAAGCGAUCUUGUGUUUCCUUCAACUUCACUUUCAAGGAUUUCCGGUGUUAUUUCAUGUCUCCGAGUUCCCUUGUUAACUGUAGUGCUGUCAUUCAAAGUUUAGUCCUUCAGUUUCUGGGUGCUGGACGUGAGUUGUAGUCUACUCUCAGCCAUUUUGCAGUCCAUGUAGUGGUCCCGGUCGAUAUCUGCUCCUGACCUCUAUUUUUUAUCAUUUAGGCUACCUCCUAAUUCUUGAGAUUGGAAAUGAUUUCGUCUCGUUUUUGAUGUGUCCAUUUGGUGAAACCUAUAUCGCCUUAUAUCCUUAGUCCUGUACACGCUGCUCCCAAUAAUCAAAUCAUUGAAAGAGCAGAAGCCUGCGAUUUCGAUUUGGCUUUGAUUCAAAUCACCCAUUACAAGUUUGAUGUCACAUUCUGGCCGAAUUUUUGUCCAUUACUGUUUACAGUUGUCUGUGGAGGUCUUCCGCUCCAAUGGGUCUGCUUUGUGUAUAGGGGUGUAGUUGUAAUUGAGCUGAAUCUCUCCGUCACUAUCUCACAGGAAGUUGGUUUCCACUGCAUAAGAGCCUUCGAUUAUGCUGUCGACAUCAUGAUAGCUACUCCGUCAGUGUCUGCGUCGUUGGUGUUUGGGUUACAGGAGUAGAUUAUUGAUUCUGCAGUUAACAAUUAGGAAAGUCCAACCCUUACCAUCUACUGUCACAGAUUCUCUGCACGUCUUUACAACUUUACAUCACUCUUGCAAUGUGAGACACUUUGCAAGCUCAAGACAUAACGCGAAUAUUCUCUGAUCCCAUGCUAAUUUUUGUCGUCAUCGUAAGAAAACAGAUUGGUUCACUGACUUCCCGAAGGCUUUCACCAGCUGGCAUCAUUUCGUCUCUAACUUCAGCAAACGAUAUUUAUAUUCUUGUGCUACAAAGUCUUUGUAGCCAUAAGAUUGAUUUUCUGGGGUUUGAAUAAAUAUGUAGAAGCCAGGUAUUUUCGCCUAUUACCUCUGUGUAUCCUUGAAAGUUGCCUGUAAGCUAUCACUUUUCCGACUUGUUGUAGUGUGUCAUGAUUAUACUUGGAUGGAUAUAAUAAAUUAACAUGAAACUGUUGUUGUUACCCACUUUUAGAUGAUUUCGGAUAACGAAAUAUUUUCAUUUCCGCUUUCUGUAAGUUUGCACACCAAUCAGUUUAUGAUAUAGAUACUCACUGGUCCAGAUGGUGAACAAAACUUCGAAAUGGUACGAGCUGCUGCAUGGCAGUCUCGUCGCAAGUCGGAUUAUAGUUUCGAUCGUCUCCUCGCAGAUCUGUAUCCAGAUGGUCAGCCGGAGUUAACAUUGGAGAUGAUCCGUAUGGUUUCUUAUGUUAGGAAAGUCGCUCCACCUGGAACACUGGAUGCAUUUCCAUCUGCACUUCAAAGCGCCGAAUCAUGGAUCAGAGAUAGAUGGCGCUUUCAAGAGAGGGAUUUCGUUAAUAUGACACAUGGUUCACAAUCUACAGGACCUGCUACAUCACUAAGAAAGGGUUUAAAAAUUAUUGAAACAGUUGAGCCUUGUUCAAACCCUGUUGUCGAAGUUAAGAAACCGAGUGAUGCGAAAAUCAUGGAAGUUGGUCGGCAUACUCCGAACAAUGAUGAUUUAGAACCGAUAAAAAUUAAAGCUAAUCGUACACUUCCUGGAUUUGAAACCAUUCUGAAAUGUGGGAGAACCCCUGAAGCGGGCGAUACUAUGUUGAAUAAAGUUGAUUCUAUGGCUUUCAACAGUCCACUUGAUAUAGCUGGACAGAUUAAUCGUAUGUUUGAUAAGACGCAGUUAAGUUUCGCGAAUACAAAACUUGUGAAUGAUUCCCAGGUGAAUGAAGCUACUCAAGCAUCGUUUCUGUGCACAAAUUUGUCGCCUAUUAAUAGUGUGAAUUCAAAGGGAAAGAAUGUUUUUUAUUCUCCUGACUCACCACCCUGUAUGCUUGUACAGCGAUCAAAGAGGUCCUCCAACGAAAAACAGCCUAGAUUGCCUUCAGAAAAACGUUCUGUGCCGGAUACAUCUGAAAAUGAGAAUAAGGCAGCACAAAGUUGGGAUGCAUCUUCCUCUACCCAAGAUGGUGUAAACAGUCGAAAGAAAAUAAAUACGGGAGAUGCUAAUAUUGAUCAGUUGAAAUCAAAUGUAUUGAAUAUAUUUUACGAUCCCUUAGGCCUAGAAACAACCAAUUGGUAUGAUGAUGGUCAAGCAGUGAAAAUUAAUAACGGGGAGAAAUCAAUGGCUACUUCGAACCCAACUAAUUCUCCGUCUAACGAUAAACAAACUGCUCUUAGAUCUGCUGAUAUUCCUCUUGAUGAUAUUAGUACAAAAAUGAAUGUUCGCAUGGAUGAUACCUAUCUGUUGGAAUUUUUAGAUCGUAAUAUGGCUAACAUUGAUUCUAGAAAUACCAAUAUUGUCAGUCAACCAAAUAUUCAGCAAUCUUCUCCAAUAGCUUUUAUGCAAGAAAUGCUUGAACAAGCCAUGAAAACUGUGAAACAUAAGCGGCAACAGUGAAAACAUUUUUUCUUCAUUGCAUUGGUUUACUCUACGUCACUUCAUUUCUGAAUGCUUGUAUUUCAUGUGUCUUCAAUAAAUCAUUAUUUCGCUG